AGCCAUGAUAGACACUGGGAGCAUCAUUUGCAUCUUGUUGCUGGUUGGUCUCACUGGGGCUUCUGAGAGUGGGAUUUUUGGAGGCAAAGUUUCAAAGCCCCAUUCCAAACCCUACAUGGCAUCACUCCAGCAGAACAGAGUCCAUAUAUGUGGUGGGAUGCUUGUUCGGAAGGACUUUGUGCUAACUGCAGCACACUGCAAACCUGACCAGGUAGUGCUCGGAGCCCAUGAUAUCAGCAAGGAGGAGAAAAGUCAGCAAAGGAUCAAAGUGGCAAAGUCCUACAGGCAUCCAAAUUUCAAAGGAAAAUUUGACUAUGACAUUAUGUUGCUUAAGCUGGCAAACAAUGCCACACUGAAUAAAAAUGUCCGACUCAUAGAGCUGCCGAAAAAAGAGACGAAAAAACUUGCCAACCUUGAGUGUCUUACCGCUGGCUGGGGCAGAACUGGACCAAAGCAACCUAUUUCAACUGUUCUGAAAGAAGCGAAAGAAAAGACACAAUCGGACAUAGACUGUGAUAACGUUUGGAAGAAACAUUUCAUUCCCCAGCAAAUGAUUUGCACAAAGUUUUCCAAGAAAAAAGGAGGAAUAUGCCAGGGUGAUUCUGGUGGACCUCUUAUAUGCAAUAAUAAGCUUCAAGGCAUAACUGCUUUCACUGCUGAUGGCAAGUGUGACAACCCAACGUACCCACAUGUCUUCACUAAAAUUCAUUUCUUCCUUCCCUGGAUCAACAAGAUAAUGCAGAAAUAAGGCCCAUGCGGGGCGCACUUCAUCUUCCAUAUAAAUACAAAAAGGUGUAAUAAGCCUGUAAUGUAGAGCAUGACAAAUCUUCUGCUUUAAUUAAAAACAAUCUUGAUGUUUUACUUCCGUCUACAAUUGGGAAAUUCGACAAUAAAGCUGCAUUUAAAAAAAUAAA